AUGACUGACAUGCAGAGAUCUACCGACUUUCUCACCGCGAACAAUAGGCGCAUUAAAGACACGCUGUUGGAUGUACAGUGCAGGGACAUGAGAGACAAUAUCAUAUUCUUGGGGAUCCGAGAGAGCAACGCCGAUCCGGAAAAAACUGUAAGAGAGUUCAUGUCGGAUAAGCUCAAACUCUCCCCGGAGGUGGUAAGAGAUAUAACUUUCCCCAGAGUGCACAGAAUGGGCAGACCUGUGGACAAUAAAGUCUGUCCCAUAAUAGCUCGUUUUGAGCGUUUUAAGCACAAAGAGUUGGUGAAAAGCAGAGGAAAGGAGCUGAAAGGGACCUCUCUCUGGUUAAAUGACCACUUUCCGGCAGAGAUCAACGAUAGGAGAAAGAAACUGUCGCCGAUCAUGAGAGAGAACCGAGCCCAGAACAAGAGAGUGGCACUAACAGUCGAUAAGCUCGUGGUGAUCCUACUAUACGUCCAGCAGCCCCCUCACAUUAAAUAUGAUGAGGAGGAUCCACAGCCCCCUCACAUGAAAGAGGAAGAGGAGGAAGUGUGGAUCAGUCAGGAGGGAGAGUGUGUUGUAGGGCAGGAGGAGGAUGAUGUCAGCAAGUUUCCACUGACUGUUGUCUCUGUGAAGACUGAAGAGCAUGAAGACAAAGCACCUGAGUCCUCACAGCUUCAUCACAGUCCAAACGUCCAGCGGGUGUCAGCGGGGAGUCAUGAAGAGGAGUGGCACACCAGUGUGGGACAGAAGGAGCUACAGGCCCCCUCCCACAUUAAAGAGGAGCAGCUUCAUGAUGAAGAUGAAGCUCAGUCCUUACAGCUUCAUCACAGUCAAAGUGAGGAGAACAGAGGGGCGGAGCUUGUAAGUCAACACAUCACAGAAGCUGAUGGAGAGCAUUGUGAAGAUAUCAAGUCAGAACCAGACAGCAUCUUUGCUCCACUGUCAGACAUGGACCACAUGAUGUCACACUCUUCUGAUCACAGUGACCACAUCCAAAAACCUUUGGAGAGUAAAAAUGACUCUAAAGGUGAUACGAGACAUCACACUAACAACAAACACUUUGACUGCUCUGAAUGUGGGAAAUCAUUUCGACACAAGGGUCAUUUUACAGAACACAUGAGAAUACAUACUGGAGAGAAACCUUUUACUUGCUCUGUUUGUAAGAAGAGUUACUCCAGAAAGCAAAGCAUGACCACACACAUGAGAACACACACUGGAGAGAAACCUUUUGCUUGCUCAGCUUGUGCUAAAAGAUUCAACACUAAGAAUGCAAUUAUAUUACACAUGAGAACACACACAGGUGAGAAACGUUUUACUUGCUCUGUUUGUAAGAAGAGUUUCUCCAGAAAGGAACACAUGACCACACACAUGAGAACACACACUUGAGAGAAACCUUUUGCUUGCUCAGCUUGUGCUAAAAGAUUCAACACUAAGAAUGCAAUUAUAUUACACAUGAGAACACACACAGGUGAGAAACCUUUUGCUUGUUCAGCUUUUGUUAAAAGAUUCAACACUAAGAAGGAAAUUAUAUUGCACAUGAGAACACACACGGGGCAGCACGGUGCCAGAGGGGUUAGUGCGUCGGCUUCACAAAACGAAGGUCCUGAGUAGUCGUGAGUUCAAUCCCGGGCUCGGGAUCUUUCUGUGUGGAGUUUGCAUGUUCUCUCCGUGACUGCGUGGGUUCCCUCCGGGUACUCCGGCUUCCUCCCACCUCCAAAGACAUGCACCUGGGGAUAGGUUGAUUGGCAACACUAAACUGGCCCUAGUGUGUGAAUGUGAGUGUGAAUGUUGUCUGUCUAUCUGUGUUGGCCCUGCGAUGAGGUGGCGACUUGUCCAGGGUGUACCCCGCCUUCCGCCGGAUUGUAGCUGAGAUAGGCUCCAGCGCCCCCCGCCACCCCGAAGGGAAUAAGCGGUAGAAAAUGGAUGGAUGGAUGGAUGUUUGUAAGAAGAGUUUCUCCAGAAAGGAAAUCAUGACCACACACAUGAGAACACACACUGGAGAGAAACCGUUUAGUUGCACUGUGUGUGAUAAGAUGUUCAGGUAUAAGUAUCAGGUCAGUAGACACAAGUGUGUAACAGUCAUGGAAGCUGCAGGGAUGUAAAAACACUUAAACAGUGAUUGUGCUAAAUGUAGUUUAAAAACACAGCAUGUUUAAUAUGAAUGUAUAUUUGAUGUUGUAUGUAGUGCUUCUCAUCUUCUAGUCUUAUAUGUUGUCCUGUACUUACUUUUUAAGUUGUGUGCAUGUAUUGAAUGUUAUAUAUGACGCUACUAUUUUAUUCUAUUUUCUCAUCUGUGAAGAGAGGACAUCUUAUUAUUUUUAUUGUUUAUU